AUGUGUCGAAAUUCAGUAUGGAUCGAAAUGCUUUUCGUCCUCGCAGCACUCUGCUUUCUGAAGAGGAAUGUUUGCGCCGCAGAAUGCCUGUGCGGCUCAGGUGAAGGCAAUGCUCGAGUAGAAACAGACUGCAGAUUAGUUAUGUGGAGAAUAGUGAGCGAAUGUGGUGACAACCUCGGCACGCAUCUGGAGCCUGAUAUAGAGAUCGAAAAGGUUGCUCGCCAAGAUAUCAAAAAUGGAUUACCGACGAGCGUCUUGCAAAAAUACAAAACAGCACGUUUUUACACAACAUUUUGGAAGACGAAUAAUCUUAGAAUGGAGGAGAAGGUAUACUGGACGAUGCACGAGCAGCUCCAUCGCCUUGAAACUGCGAUAAGGACAUGGAAUGUAACAAGGGGCGGUUUGGAUGCUACUGCGAUUACGGAACCGGACACAA